AUGAGUAAUAAGGAAGAGCAUGUUGAUGAGGCUUCUGUAAGUGCUAUCAAUGAGGUUAGUUGCAUAGCUGCUACACGUGAUAAUGGUUAUGUACCUUCACUAAUCACGUCGAGGUCGGGUAUGGACCCCUUACAAUCGCAUGCCCUCCUGAAUGAUCCAACCCUAAUAGAAGAUUAUUCUGAUAUCAUUAAUAAUAGGCCUGCGGGCGGAAAUAAGUUGACUUUAGGGAAUGAAGAUUCUGAGAGUAUGGGUGGGAGUGUUGUGGUGACGCCCACCUCGAACAAGAGUUCGCCUUUCAACUCGAAACUUAACAUACUGGGCAACGCAACGGAAAAGAGCCAUACUGCUCUGCGAAAUAGAGAAGACAACGAAGUUGUCGAAGAGAAGGGCUUGGAAAAACAUACGCACAACGACAGCAAAAUAGAUCAACGACAUUCAAAAGAAAACUCUACUGAGUUGCCCGACUCAUAUGAUUAUUCGGAUUCUGAAUUCGAGGAUAAUUUAGAAAGAAGGCUACAAGAGAUUGAAACUGAUUCUGUGGACAGCGCUGAUAAGGAUGAACAGCAUUUUGUAGUGAACGACGCAGUGAAUCGAGAACUUUCUGACGUUGACGAUUUUAGUGAUGGAUUGAAAUACGCCAUCUCCGAGGACGAAGACGAGGAAGAGGACUAUACUGAUAAUGAGGAUUUUGUUAAAAAAUUUGAGGAUGCAGACUUUGAAGGAGAGAAGGACGAUUUGGAUGAGGAAAGUGACGAUUAUCAACCUCUAUCACCGCCAAAAGAACUGGAUCCUGAUAAAUUAUAUGCACUAUAUGCGUUCAAUGGACAUGAUUCCUCACAUUGUCAAUUAGGGCAAGACGAACCUUGUAUACUGUUGAACGAUCAAGAUGCCUACUGGUGGUUGGUGAAAAGGAUCACGGACGGUAAGAUUGGGUUUGCGCCCGCAGAAAUUUUAGAAACUUUCCCAGAAAGACUGGCUCGAUUAAAUUGUUGGAAAAAUGAAAACAUGUCUUCUCAGUCGGUAGCUUCCUCCACGGAUUCCAUAGAAGAUUCAACCGACUCUCGUAAAAUAAUCGAGAGUGAUACAGAGAGCAUAAUUCCGACACCUGCAUUAAAUGGGUAUGGCAAAGGGAGCAAAUCUGUUAGUUUCAAUGAUGUCGUAGGUUAUGCAGAUAGGUUCAUAGAUGAUGCGGUGGAGGACACCUCCUUAGAUAGUAACGAUGGUGGUGAUGAUGAUUACAAAAAAUCGCACGAUGAUGUUGUUAAUGAUGGUAAUGAAACUAAACUAAGACAUCGGGACGAAUUUACUGAAGCCAAGCUAAAUCUUAACAAAUUUCAGGAUGACGAUAUGAGUGAUGUGGUGAGUGAUGUCUCGUUUAGUACAUCUUUGAGUACGCCAUUGAACGUAAAAAAAGUUCGGAGGGUAGGCAAUAAAAACGACAGUCCACUCAAGGCAGCGUCAAGUAACGACAGCGAAGACGACCACAAUGCGAAUCACAAUUUGGGACAAGAAAAAUUGGAGCCUGUAGAAGGUGAUUACGAUACCGAUCUAAGAAAAGUAUUUGAAGCGCCCCGUAUGCCAUUUGCGAAUGGUAUGGCGAAAUCAGACUCUCAAAACUCUCUUUCAACAAUUGGUGAGUUUUCACCUUCAUCAUCAGAAUGGACGAAUGAAUCACCAUCAACGCCACUAGUUGAAGAAAGCAGCGGCAUUCCAUCAUCUAGAGCAAUAAAGGACAUUUCACAAUAUAUUCAUGCAGAACCGAAAAUUGAAGAGUCGACAAAUUUUGAAAAUACACAACAACAAACUCAACCCAGUACGGAGAUUACCGAAGGAAUGGAGAAUCAUGAUGAGAUAGAACCACCCGGAGAGGAACUCGAGAAACACCAUAGUACGAAUGAGGUAGAAAAGCGAUCGAGCCUAUCGUUACGUUCAUCAUCAGAGGAAGAUUUCUAUAUGGAUGAUCAAAGAGCGAUAUCAUCAACGAGCAUAAGUAGUUCAUUUUCUGGAUCAAGGGCAUUGUCUAAUACCAAUAUAUUCGAUCCGGCUUCAAAGCCCCAUUCUUUGGUUCAACAUCUCUAUGCUCCAGUUUUUGACAGGAUGGAUGUGUUGAUGAAACAAUUGGAUGACAUUAUUCGCAAAUGA